UUGAAGUCGGACAGUUUAAUUGAUGAUCAAUAUAAAACAAUAAGCGGGGAAUUUUUACUUGUGCCAGUAAAUAAGUUGUCAGAGAGUGGCUUGAAUAUUUCAGGAGACGUGUCAUCCCCGGCUUUGCGGCUUAGUGCCAUAGACGUCAGAUAACUUCGCAGAACAGCAUUAUUUUAUCGUAACAAGGUACUACAGUAUGGGAACUUUGUUCUGGCAAAUUUAGUGCGGAUCACAUCCAAGAUGCAGGCGAUACAGAUGUUCGCAUUAGCUGCAGCGAUAGUUGCAGUUGUGUUGCAGACAACAGAUUCAUCUACACAGUCACCGGCAUCAGGCCCUGAGAACAUGACAUACCUUGUGCCAUUCCUUGGACGCAAUAAUGACGCCGUAGACGCAAAUGAUGUCUCUUACACUCUGGCAGUCACCAAUACCGGCGAAUCCAAUAUAGACGUCAGCGUCUAUGGUAUUGGUGAUGGAAACACAGAAGAAAUCUACGAAGUUCCUGGCUUUAAAGACAUCGCAGCCGGAAGCAGUGUAAGGAAGACAUUCGAAAAUGACAGUCUUGCACUGAACAACUCCCAGACCAGAAAUACAACGCUACGAAUAAGCUCAGAGGAUGGGCCGUUUCAGUUGCAAGUUUACAUCACCGUCAAUGGCUACACAGAAGGUUUUCUGGGAGUUCCGCUGGAGAAGAUGCAGGGUCCGAACGUGCCAAACGAUGUUCACGAAUUCGUGGCGGCUACAUUUUGUGACACCGGUGGCUACUGUCAGAUAGCUGUUGCGGCAAAUGAGGACGAUACAGCCAUCUACUUAAAAGUUCCAGACCAUGUUGAAAAUAUUGUUCUUUGUCGAGAUAACACAUUCUAUCGUACUAAAGAAAUAACCAAAAUCACUAUGAAAAAGUUCGAAGUCAUUCAGCUCGAGAGUACCUACGACAUGUCGGGCACUCAUAUCUACAGCAAGAAGCCCCUUGCGGUGUUUGCGGGCUCACGUAACGUCACUAACGGCGACGUGGUGGCACACACCGUGGAGCAGCUUGUACCCAGCUCACAUUGGGGUACGGAGUUUGCGGUUAAAAAUCUGGGAACCACCGGGUAUGGGGACAUCUUGAAAAUUGUAAGCGGCUGGGGUUCCACCAAGGUCACCAUGAGGGGGUACCCGAGUUUCACGAUCACCAACCAGUUACAGACAAUUGUGAGGCGGCUCGACCAAGGUUAUAUUACGCACAUUACGGCCAGUCAUCCGCUCCAGGUGAUGCAGGUGGGGGGAGUGCAAUAUUUACAGCCAAACGACACCUCGAGUGUUAGUAUGACGUACGUCCCACCCCUUGAGGCACACACUACCCUGGCGAAAGGCGUCUGUGGGGUCGAGGCCAACCAUGCGCGGCUACACCUCGUUGCAAACAAAUUCGAUAUGGACAAUGGAUACGGGACCCCUACAGAACUUAAAGUGGGUGGCACAAACAUAAAUUCGAGUUACUCCACCAUUGUCGACUAUACGGCGCUGCGGGUGGCCACUGUAGACUCGACUGUAUCUCAAAGCUACGCUGUGGAACUUGAUAAUAGGACUUCUAAUAAUAUAAUAGAUUCUAAACCAAACGGUUUAGGUGUGACAGGCAUUGUCCAGUGUAAUCAGACAGCCACCAUGCCGCUCGUCUGGGCCAACACAGGGAGUUCCUUACUUCGACAAGAGCCUGAUGAUCCGGUGCCCCCAAACACGUGCAGAGAGGGAUUCAAGGGCACCUCAACAUUUAACCCAGAUUCUGGACUGAUACAGACCCAUAUUCUCGAUUUGAGCUCGAACCAAUUUAACGGCGACGUGUUAAGACUGCGGACCCAACUCUGUGGGGAUGGAUCGUUGCUAUUUCGGUCGUCCACCACCAAACUGAUUCUGAAAGUUAACCAUGCAAGCAUCCUUAUGACCAAGUGCCAGUCGGGAUCGUGUACCACUCCCGAACAGAUUGAUACCGAGUACAACGAUAAUGCAAUAGAUGGCUGUGAAGGUGAUAUGCUGUUCUUCUGGUUUAAAGAGAUUAGGACUGAAAAUGAUGGCCUUGAGGGCUUUUGCUUCGGAGCGGGGGUGAAAGCGGACCAAGACUGCUCCGCAGGGUCCACUUCCAUUAGAAAAAUCGAUCUCGAUGUACCUUUUACUACUCUUGAAAUGUCAGGACUCACAAGGGAGGCAAUCUUUAAUUAUGAAUUUGUGAACCCUGCUGGCUGUAUGAUGUACGAAAGUGCCAAUCCAUGGCGUUGUGAAGAUAAGAGGAAUGACUGUUCCUCGUAUGGAAAGGAUUUUUGCCGGGGUCAGAAACAUGCAGCAUUCGCGAAACAGCAGUGCGCCAAACACUGUGGCAAAUGUGUUGCUGACAGUUUCGGUCGAGAAUUUUUACUUGUCGUUCCCAUAGGGACCAACUAUUGUCGUAUCUACGUAACACCUCUCGCCCAAAAUACGCACAUUGCAGUAGGAAGUGGCACCUCGGUCAUACCUGGAACGACCUACAACCGCCAGAUUAGAAUGUAUGACUGUUUGGAGUACGUGUCUGAGUACAAGGUUAAAUUAAUUCACGUUUUAAGCGAUGCGGACGUUGCCGUGAAUGUUUAUAUUAAACACCCACAUACCACUAACAAAUAUCCCAUCAUGAACAUACCGGUGCAACCCUUGGAUUCUUUUGGAAUGGAAUUAAUGAUGCUUGAUCGGGGUGAUGGUGAAAAUCACAAACGUUAUUGUUUCCCAGUGUCUGCUUUUGACGAUGCAAAAAUGAUCUGGUUCACAAAAGAUUCUAAAGACAAAGUUUUUUACACUGGAAAUGCAAGAUGGCCGCCCUCUGGCAGAACAGUUUCUUUCGGAGACUUAAUGAAAGGUACUAGUGGCGAAGACUUUACAGGAACCUACUUCAAGUUUACAAGGCCUUCAUCUAUAUUCUGCGGACAAUUUUCAUCUGCAAAGGAGAAUUAUAUAUUUUACCAAGUCCCUGCACUAAUGACGUGGUCCACACAUUAUACUAUUCCGUCAUUUGGUGACAGUACCGCAAACAGACCGUUUGAUGCUAAAUUAAAGAUUGUUACAAAUUCCGACAACACCAUUGUUAACAUCACCGGAGGUUUUGAUGCUCUUCAUGUUUUGUAUGAUCGCGGAGACUUCGUGGAACAAGAUAUCGAUCUGUCUAGUCAUUAUCACAUUGCCUCAAACGAAGCAAUAGGGGUGAGCAUUUUGUUCUACAACCCGACUGUGCCAACUGACGCAUCAUUCCACCUUCUGCCGGCGCCUCAUAAUUUCAUGAGCGGAUUUUUGGCGGUGGCUCCAACUGGUAUUUUGGGCGAUGAAAUGAACUUCGACACCGGAAGUGUCUACUCCUUUUUCUCGAGCGGUCAACAACACAAUACGACCACAACCGGAGAUUCCACGAGCAUUAAAAACAAUUUUUACUUUAACUGGUUGAACGAAGGGCCUUCAUUUGGGUUUACAGUGGUUAUGACAGAUAGCAAUUCCUGGUUCAUUGUGCCAAGUUACACUGUCCAUGGACCAGAUGCGAAAUGGUUUGAGACGGAUAGCUGUCAGACGUCCGUGGGUACGGUAGGGGAUGGAAUUGACAACGACUGUGACGGGCUAGCGGAUGAAGAUACGUGCUACACCGGAUAUGGAGUCUACCGAGAAGACGCAGACCUAGACGGUGGCUUCGGUGAAGAUUGCAAUGCCAGUGCCAUAGGGUUGUCUAUCGUGAAUACCACGGUGUGGCCGGUGUGCCUGCAGCGACCGGACAGGCCCCCGGAGGAGUGCUGGACGCUAUGCAGCUGUCCAUGCUCCUGGGCGGAGAAAUACGAACGCGAGAAGAAUCUGACAAUGGAUGAGCUGGAAGAAGCUUACGAGGAAAAGAACAAGCAGCUAGAGUCAGACCUCAAGGUGGAAACGGAUGAAUUAUCCUCAGUUUCAGCGGAGAAAGAAAGCGCCUCAGAUGAGCGACAGAGCGCGGCAAGCAUUGGUUACCUCGGCAUAGCCAUGUUCGUCCUCGUGUUUGGCACGAUCUUCAUCCUGGACCUCAGCGCUCUCGCCCGGGAUGCGAUAAUUCUCUUCGGUAACCUCAAUGCGGGCUUCACGAGGUUCUCAAAUUGGAUUGACUCAAAGUUUUGUUAAAAUGAGACUGUUAGUCCGAAAAUAACUUUAAAUAAAAAAUACAGAGACGAUGGACAUUAUUAUUUUAUAAUUGUUUUUGCAACAUUCUGAAGGUGGUCAUAUUUAGAAGAGGGAAGAUUUUAACUCCAACUUGUUUGGCCUCAUGUGAGAAUUAAGGAAUCACAUUUAUUACCUUUCAAUGAUUAGUUUGUUAAUGUUCUUAUCGUUGUUGUUAUUUUUGAUUGUUUUUUCGUGAAUAGUGCAACAAAAUUCAUGCCACCUGACUGUUUGUCUGGAUUUGUUGUUUUGUGUAAUUGGAAUUGGCUGAUGUCUUUUAAAAAACCCCACAAAAUUUAAUGCCCUUUAAGUUCCACAUAUGUAUUUUAUUUAUAUUUCACUUAUUUUUUAUGCUCUUUAUAGAGUUUACACAUAUAGAUAUAUAUUUCACAUUUAGCUCUUUUUAGAGUUUUCAUAUAUGCCCUUUAUAGAGUUUUCACAUAUGCCUUCUAUAGAGUUUUCACAUAUCCCUUAUAUUGAGUUUUCACAUAUGCUCUUUAUAGAGUCUUCACAUGUGCCUUUUUAUAUAGAGUUUUCACAUAACCCUUAUAUUGAUAGUUCUAAAAAAUGUUCUUUAUAGAGUUUUCAUAUGUGCCUUUUAUAGAUUUCACAUUUUUGGAGAAAGAUCUUUGUUUUUAAUGAAUUGCUUAUCAGAGUUCUUCUAUUCAGAAAGAAAUUUGCACAAACACAAAUAUAUUGUAAAUCAAACUAUAGGGAAGUUCAACAUCGUUUCGGCAACUGUACCAAUGUUACCUCAAGUAACGCAAAUAUUUCCUCGAAAUAACGAAAAUAUUUCCUCGAAAUAGCGAAAAUAUUUCCUCGAAAUAACGCUGCGUUCUUUCGAAUACAAUGUUUAUAAACCUUUUCAGGUCGUUACAAUUUGCAAAAGCACGUAAAAUGCUUUAUUUCCCGAGUGCGAUAUUUGUGUGACGUAUUUUGCGGUGUUUUUGAAAGAGUUUAACAAUACGCUCGUAUUGAUUUGCACACGGGCUCUAAACCAUUUUACGGACAAUUGAAGAUGGUACCGACAAAAAACUAUAUAAACCCUAAAAUAAUGCAACAUUACCUCGAAAAUGAUACAUUUAGAUUCUUAACAUAUGCGUCUUCAGAAUUGAACUAUUAAAUUUUACUCAAAAUCGCUUUGUAGUAUUUGUUUAUCAAUAUUGACGCGUAUGAUAGAUUACUCAGGGGGUGGGUUGUGAAGACUAUUCUGCAGGGCUGGAGAGGGGGUUUACGGUGUCACUCGAUGAGACAUGAAGGAUUAUUCGAGAGGGGUGGUGAAUGAUUAUUCGGGGGCAGGGAGGUGAAGGAUAAUCCAAAAAGCUAUAUAAACCCUAAAAUAAUGCAACGUUACCUCGAAAAUAAUACAUUAGCAUUCUUAAAAUCGACGUCUUCACAAUUGAACUAUUAAAAUUAGAAAAAAAAUCUAAACUAAUAUCAUUCUGAAAGUGUGUCAUAUUUGAUUUCAUUUGACAAACAAUUUGCAAUGUGUUUGUCUUGUGAAGCGGUAUAACUUAGGCAUUGUUACUCAAAAUCACUUUGUAAUAUAUUUGCAAUAAAUGUAUACAUACA